UAAGAAGAGUUUCCAAAACAGCUGAGAAAGAUAUACUUUCGCUUUUAGAGACAAAUCGCGAUUUAUCGGUAGUUGACGUGAUUUCCAGUUUUAAGAACAUGUCCUUGAAGGAGGUGUCUCAGGUGGUGGACGCUCUUCAGUCCGCACUUACACCUACCUCCACUUCUAAUUCUACUUCUACAAGACAUGAGAAAACUUUUCCAAAAGUUUCAACACCAAAAAGGAGGCGUCUUCCUCAAACGCCGAAUUCUGGGGUCAAAUUUAGUCAGAGUCCUCGAGUGGAGGGUGUGCGUGAGAGAUGUGCAACAAGUGUGCCUGAACUUGUGUCAUAUACCCACCCCCCUAGGUUACCUUUGUUUUCAGGGUUAAAUGACUCUAAAGAUGCAACUUACCGCCAGUGGUCUUAUGAGGUAAGAGCCCUAUAUAGAGAUAAACUGUACUCAGAUUCAGUAUUAUUACAAGCAAUUAGACGUUCAUUGAAGGGUCCAGCUGCAGAAACGUUGUAUAAUCUAGGCGAGAUAGUUGAUGUGAAUGACAUUUUGACAAAAUUUGAUCAUGUCUAUGGUGAUGUUCUAUCUUCAGGGAUUAUUUUACAACAGUUUUACGCUUCUAAUCAGACAAAAGCUGAAAGUGUAGCAGCUUGGGCUUGUAGACUUGAAGAUAUGGUUUCCAAACUUACUCUCAAAAAACCUCCUGCUGUUUCUGAAGAUGGUGCUAAGUCUAUGUUGAGAUUGAAAUUCUACAAUGGUCUUUAUUCUUCUUCAGUGAGACAAUUGUUGAGACACAGAUAUGACAGCGGGGCAACUUUUGAUGAGCUUUUGGUGGAAGCGCGAACAAUUGAAUUAGAAGAACAAGGAAGAUCUCCCCUUACAUGUAAAGUUCAACAAUCUUCUUCUGAGGCAGAGGAUAAGAUUGACAAGUUAUUAGAGGUAGUACAUUCCCUAAAAGAAAGAAUGAGUGUGCUUGAGAGUCAAUUAAGUACACAGAGUCGACAGAAUUCAUCUCAACCGCGAAGGUUUCAACAGGUACGUUUUACCGGUAGAUGUUGGCAUUGUGGAAAUCAAGGACACCGACAAAUAAAUUGUCCUUCUCAAAACCAUUUAAACGAAAAUCAGCCUGUCGAGCAGGGCAACAGGCAGGCUCUGUCUCGAAAUGCCCAAAAUCAGUAGUGAAACAUCUUGUAGGUAAU